AUGGAUCGUCACCGGAGGCUUCGGACGGUGGAUCGUUGCCGGAGGAACCGGACCGCGGAGACGCCUACGGACGGUCCAGAGGUGGGCCACAGUUCCUUCCACCAGCAAUACUGGCUGGACGGCCGCAUUGUGGCAGUUGGGGUAGUGGACAUCCUGCCCACUUGCGUGUCCUCCGUCUACCUGUACUACCACCCCGACUUCGCCUCUCUAUCGCUGGGCUCCUACUCUGCACUCAAGGAGGUCACCUUCACCGGGCAUCUCCAGAAAGUGUCCCCCAAGCUGUGCUACUACUACCUGAGCUUCUAUAUCCACUCCUGCCCCAAGAUGCGAUACAAGGGGCAGUACCAGCCUUCAGACCUCCUGUGCCCAGAGACGUAUGUCUUUGUGCCCAUAGAGAGCUGCAUCCCAAGCCUGGAGAAGACCCACUACACCCGCUUCAACCAGGAACCUGACGCAGGUAAUGAACACAGCUCCCUACUUUUAAUGCAGCUCCUCAAGGUUCUGGCCUUCACAAUAGCGUCAGUGCAUUACCCUGAUGGCUGUCUGGAGCCGGGCCCUGCCUCAGCUGGCUGGGAGUCCCAGGACCAGGCCUCAUCUUUCGGCUGGGACACGGGCGAGAUGAGGCUGUGGUGCAAUAGGCCUGGAGGUGGAGAUGGGUGUCUGGAGCCAGACCUUGCCUCUUCUUGCUGUGAGGCCCAGGAUCUUGGUUCUGGGAGCCAGGGUCGUGGUGCCGUGGGCCUGGAGGGUGGCUCUGGGGGCCAGAAAGGGGGAGAAGAUCGAGAGUGA